CAGAUAUUAUCAAGUCCGCUGAACUGCCCGGUUUGGACCAGCCGAACAAAACGCUGGGCCUGCUAGAGCCAAUCGUCGACGAGCUGAAUGGCGUCGGUCAGCAGGAACAGGAGAUGGACGAAGCUAUCAAAAGGGCUGUGGCGAAAAACCUGGAUAGUACAGGCUCAAGUAAGGCAAAUCGAAUCAAACCAUCCUCGCCUUCUGCUCCCCACGCAGUGAUGCCAGUGCCCAUGGACUCGAAGAUGAGGACAGCAGCAGAGCAAGGGGAUGUGGUUAGCAUGCAAACACUCGUGGCUUCCAACCCAGAAAUGGUUUACUCGGAGACUCUCGAGGAAAAAAAACACGGCCCUCCACCUCGCAGCAUCAAAAGGACAUACUUGGUUUGUUCAUCAUUUACUCAUGUUCAUUAAUUUGAAUGUCGAGUUUGUCGUUAAGGAUAACUAUGACGGCGAUACGCCAUUGCACAUGGCCGUGAGAGCGGGGCAUCUUCAAGUUGUUGAGCAUCUGAUUGAAUAUCUAGCAUGGGCACGGAAUAUACAGAAGAACCUAAAGGAACCACUACUAUUGAAAAAUAAGAAAGGGAACACCUCGCUGCAUGAGUCUCUGGUAAAUCACAGGUAUGAUCUGACUAUUAAACUAUUAGAAGUUGCCAAAGAGGUCACACCCACGAGGACAGCACUUGAAGCAAUAGCCACCAUGCAUAUAGUUGAUGACAAUGAGGUUGUCACGUUGGACACUGUGCUUCUCCAUCUCAGCAAUGAUGAUGGGGAUACACCAUUAUUCCUGGCAGUUAGGGUGGGACGUCUAGAAGGUUUUGAGCGACUGGUCAAAUAUGUGACAAGUGCAACAAAUAUCCCGGAAAAAAUCAUCAAAGGAACUACUACUAUCAAAAAAUAAGAAAGGAAACACCUUGCUGCAUGAGUCCGUGGAAAGUCACAGGUACGAUGUGGUGAUUGAACUAUUAGAAGCUUCCCGAGCAAUCAGGCUCAAGGCGAGACCACUUGAAGCAAUGGCCUCCAUGCAUGUAGAUGAGGGCAAUGAGGAUGUUACAAUGGAUAUUGUGCUUCUCAGUCUCAGCAAUGCUGAUGGGGAUACACCAUUAUUCCUCACAAUGAAGGUGGGACGUUUGGAAGGUUUUAAGCGACUGAUCAUAUAUGUGGCAAGUGCAACAAAUGUCCCGAAAAAAUCAAAGGAACUACUAAUAAUGCAGAAUAAGAAACGGAAUACUUUGCUACAUGAGGCAGUGAUGCAUUGCAGGUAUGACAUUGCCAUAGAGUUAUUAGAAGGUGCCAAGAAGUUAACGCUCACACGGGAAACAAUUAAAACACAAGUCCGGAUUGAUAUAGAGGAUGAUGAAGAGGGUGUUAAGCUGGAUCAUGUGCUUCUCCUUUUGUGGAAUAUUGACAAGCAUACACCGUUGCACCUGGCGGUAGAAGCAAAAGAUUUUGAGAUGGCUAACAUGCUGCUUAAGUGUGAUCAAGUGAUGAAACAAGAAGUUAUUAGCAGAAAGUAUGCAAAGGUACAAAAGAAUAUGUAUGUAUAUAAGAAACUACGUGAAGCAGCAGAGAACGGGGACAUAGUAUGCCUGAUUGAGAUCAUGGCUUCCAACCCGGAUGCAGUUUUCUCCGUGACAGCUGGAAACAAUACGGUUCUUCACAUUGCUGCAGCACAUGGUCACGAUCGGUUUGUCCAGGACACCCUGCUUUUUAUGAACUUGGAUGUGGAGCUGAUCGUGAGCCAAAAUGUUGAUGGAGACACGCCAUUGCACCUAGCUGUGAAAACAGGCCAAGUUGAACUUGUUCAGCAUCUCUUGCGAUAUGUGACAUGGGCAAGUGGCGUGCCAGCUAACUUACAGGAACCGCUAAUUAUGUUAAACAAUAAAGGAAAUACCUUGCUGCAUGAGGCAGCAAUACAAGGCACGUACAAUAUGGCCCAUACCCUGUGUGAAUAUUGUACAAAAGAAGGAAAAUGGACCACUCCUAAAGCAUACGUCAAGGAAUUCAGCGAGUACAUUGACCACUGUAUCCAGAUAAAUGACGCGCUCAAGAUUUUGGGGUCUCCUGUAAUAACUGCAAAUAAAGAAGGGAAUAUACCAUUGCACCUUGCAGUGAUGAAUCGAAUCUCCGAUUCAGCACUAGCGCUAUUGGAUGCUGAUCCAAGAUGUGCCCACGAGCCAAAUAUGUCAAUGCAGUCACCACUCUACAUCGCUGUUAUGAAUGGUCUUGACCAUGUCAUCAACAAAAUUGCCAAUCAGGGGUUGUCAGUAGCCUCCAUCUCUAUCUCCAUUCAUGGCACUGCUCUGCACCAAGCCGUGUUGGCUGAUAACACCAGGGCACUGGAGAUAUUGCUGACUAAAUAUGAGAAGCUACUGGAGGUUCCAGACUAGAAGGUAGCUCUGCCCUUCACUAUGCAGCGAAGAUGAAUAACUCACGUAUCAUAUCUUUACUGCUCAAUAAGGACUACAAUCUGGCCUAUAAGCAGAAUAAUAAACAGCGUAUCCCGCUCCACGUGGCCACUGAAUAUGUCUCGUUGGAAGCUGCAAGUGAGUUAUUGAAGCAAAGACCUGAUGUCAUCGAAAUGGUGGAUAUCAAUGGGCAAAAUGUCUACCACAUUGCCGUUGUCAACAACAGGUUGAACAUGCUCAAGUGGUUUCACCGGUGGCUACCGAAGGACCUUGUGAACCACAGGGAUAUGGAUGGCAAGACACCAUUGCAUCUUGCAACCAAGCUAAGCUUGAUUGAACAUGCAUUGUUGCUACUCAAGGAUUCGAGGGUCAACCCUUGUGUUGUUAACAAUGAAGGAGACACUGCAUUUUCCAUGUCUGACAGAAUAGGAAUAUUAAAUAUGAUGCCUGGUGAGGCUUACUUGUGGAAGAAGCUGAAGAAGUAUCAGUCCACCAGAUGCAAGAGGAAAAGGGCGGAGAAGGUUAAUAACACCACUGUAGGGCAGGCUCUUCACCGUUGUAGGCCCAUUGUUAACAAUGAUUUACCACUAUUUUUGAAAAAUCCAUCCGGAUCAGCUGACUCCAACAAAAGCACCUGCCUCCGUGGUCCUAUUGCUACUUAUCUCAGGAGAUAUGUUUUAGUACCCACCCUGAUAGCCAUGGCCACCUUCAUGGCAACACUAAGGCACACCCGACAGUUUGGCUUUGCAAUUGUCAAGGACCAUCUGGCUUUCAAGAUAAUUAUCAUCUGCAAUACCAUAUCGAUGUGCAGCUCGAUUGUUGUCAUCUUGUCCUCCAUAUUGCAAUUGUUUGAUCCCGUAAAGCUUAUGUUGCACGAGAUGAUUUGGGCCAGCAGGCUGAUUGUCCUUGCCGGGUUUAUGAUGGUUAUGUCCAUGGUGACUACUAUAUACCUCACUAUACCAGCAUCACGAUGGCUUGCAUGAUAAUGCUGAAGAGGCUAUUAUUGUUGCCCAAGAACUGGUCAGUAUGAAAACAAAAUUAUUAUUCAUAUUGACAAUAUGUAGCAUGUAAUUAAAUUAAGUUGGUGAGCAUCGGGCCCAUAAAGUCAUGGACAUGGAAUAUACAAAAGAACCUAAAGGUGAUGACCUCACAAAUGUGUAUUUAAUGUUUAUUCAGUACAUGCUUUGAAUCA